CAUCUUUCAUUGACAAUACUUCUCUAAAGAAGAAGAGUGAUUUUUACGCACUGAUUGGAAAAAUUUACUGCUAUUUUUUUCUGUAUGAGAUUUGUGCUGACUCAACAAAGUGGAAAAUAUUAAAAAAAGUAUAUUUUUUACAUUUAAUUGAGUGGAAGCUGCUAUAUAUUACAACACAUAAUGGAUUUCGGUGAUGACUUUGCACCUAAGGAGGAAGUAGAUCCCGCAGCUGAAUUUUUGGCACGCGAACAAUCGGUGCUUGGUGAUUUGGAGUCCGAGAUAGUACCACCAGCAAAUGCCGCUGUCAGUGCACCACCCAGUACAGAUGGUGGUCUAAUAGGAAGCGAUGAACUCGCACCAAGUGCGGGUGGCGGUGGUUUAGGUUCAUCCACUGGAAGUUUUGAAAUGAUUGGCGGUGAAUCAAAUGAACCAGUUGGGAUUUCAGGACCACCACCAUCUCGUAUUGAACCAGAAAAACUUAGAAAGUGGCGUGAAGAGCAAAAACAACGUUUAGAAGAGAAAGAUAGCGAAGAGGAACGUAAAAAGGAAGAGUUACGUCAACAAGCUAAACAAGAAUUGGACGACUGGUUACGUCAAACGGAAGAAUCAAUUGCUAAGACUAAAGCAGCAUCUCGUAACGCGGAGAAACAGGCAGCAGCGCUCGAAAAUGGUGGCCCCAUGGAGCCAGGCACAGAAUGGGAACGUAUUGCAAAAUUAUGCGACUUCAAUCCAAAAGUGAAUAAAUCUGGCAAAGAUGUAUCGCGUAUGCGUUCUAUAUAUCUACAUUUGAAACAGAAUCCCAUACCUUUGAAGACCGCUUAAGAAUAAAUUUCAAUCAAACCGUUCUACAUAUUUAAAAAACUAUAAACAUUCACAUAUGAAUAAAGGAAUGUGUACAUUUCGCGUAUAUAGUAUUUUGCGCUUUAGAUUUAUCAAACCGUCAUGCUGUUUCUUAUUUGAAUUACUUAGUCUUGCAACUUGGAUGCAUAAAAUAUUCUAUUUGAUAUACAAAAUAAGUAAUUAGAAAAAAGUAUUGAUUUUAUUACAUUGGCUUAUACAUACAAUUAUAUACAUUUACCUAUGAAUUUAUUGUAGUAUAAAAUUGCAACAAAUAUAUGUACUUUCCGAACUUUAAAGACACAAA